AUGAGAACAAUAUUAAUAUUUUUAAUAAUAUUUGUCUUACCUGAUGAAUAUUCGGCUAAUGAACCAUUGAAUUUCUGUAAAUUUAAUUCGACUAUUUCUGAACUUCCAUCGACAUGGUCCUUUGCAACACUUGAUCAAGUCAAACUUUGCUUUCAAAAUAUUUCGGUAAACUAUUCGGUAGCAAAUGAAACAAUGAAACAAUUGUUUAACUCAUUAGAUUUUUACAGUUUUCUAAGUAUAGUUCGUCAAAGUGAUUAUCCAUAUUCUAUGAAUAUCAAUUUUCGCGAAGAACUAUCAAAUAUUCUUAAUCAAUCAAACAUGAAUACGUAUAAAAAUGACUAUGAUUUUCACAUGGCUGUGACAUUAUGUUUUAAAAAAUUAAAAGAUUUUCAUACAACAUACUCAGUACCCAACGGUUAUGCACAGUUUCAUGUGUUACUUCCAUUUAUUCUCGAAUUUUUACCAUUAACAAAACAAAUAAAAGUUCAAUUUGGAAUCAAUUUAUAUUCAUCUAUUAUGAGAAGUAAUUCAAAUAUGAAUUAUACAAAUCAAAUUGUAACAACGAUCGAUGGUAUAAAUGCUUUCGAUUACAUGAUGAAUUUUGCUGAAAAAUAUUCAAUUAUGAGUAAAGAUCCAAGUGUAAGAUUAAAUUCUGUUUUUCGAGAAGAAUUUUGGUUACAAAAUCUUGCACAAUAUCCAUUACCAUUAAAAAGCAAUAUUACAUUCACAUUUUUAGAUAAAACUGAAACGGUAACAUUUCGCUAUGCUGUAGUCAUUACAAAAAAAUUUGAUCAACAAAGUAGCAUAGAAAAUGAUAAUCGCUAUUCUCCAUCAGUAACAUAUACAACUAGAAAUGCGUUUAGUUAUAUAACUCGUUUAGAAAAAUUAAGUUGGUAUGAACAGAAAACAAAUGAUAAAUUUCGUUUUAUUACGGGUAACAAUGAUACAUAUUAUUAUGUUCAUGAAAGUACAAAUACUGCAAUUAUCAGAUUAGGAUCAUUUGAUGACCAAGUCAGUGAAGAUGUGAAACGUGUAUUUUUAGCAGCUAGUGGAACUACACUAAUACUUGAUGUAAUAGGAAAUCGUGGUGGUAGUAGUUGUUUAGCUUAUGCUGCAUUACAUUUUUUAGUCCCUGAAUAUUUCUCGCAUCGUGUCCUAUACGAACCAUUCGAUGGUCGAACAACAAAACAAUUGCAAACAUUUGCAACUAUUUUCAGUUUUUCUCCCGAUUCGAUAUUAGAUCUUCGAAAUAUGUCAUCAUUUACAAAUAUGGAAUGGAUGGAGCCUCGUGUUAACUACACACGAGGUAAUACAACAGAUUCAUACUCAAUGAAAUGGUCUAUUAAUUGCGAUGGACAGGUAUUCGGCAUGGGAAAAUAUUGGAUGAGAAAUGAAAGUAAUACAAAAUAUUUUAAAUCAAUUUAUGUGUUAACCGAUGGCAGUUGUGGUAGUGCUUGCAGUUUAUUUGUAUCAAAAUUAAGAUAUGCUUCAAAUUUAAAAAACAUUUAUGGUAUUGGCGGAGGAUAUUUUAAUUAUGAUAGUGAUCUAUUUGAAAGUUCAAGUUACGCUGGUGGUGGCGCAUUCGAUUGGAAUUCUAUUGUUACUUAUCAUAACCAACUUGCUACGUAUAACACGUCUAUUGAUCAUUUGCCAACAAGUGCUUAUCUAAAUUUGAAUGUCUUCGAAGUAUAUAUUAAUGCAUUGAACAAAGAUUAUCCAAGAGAAUUUUUAAAACAACCAAUUGAUAAAAGUUUGGAUAAUGGAGAUUAUUUUAAUAUUGAUCAAUCUCUUGAGAAGAUCAUAAAUGAUGAUGAAAAGUCCAGUGCACAUAGUCUCGUUGAUCAUAGUUCGACUAAAAUCUUUCUUUUUAAUAUAUUCUUAGUAAUAUUUCUUAUGAACUGA